CACAGGCGGACAGUCUGGUUGAGCCAUGGCCUCAGAGGAGAAAACCUUCGAGACCCAGGAAAUGCAGCUGCUGGAUAUCACCUCCAGCUCCCCACAAACAGACUCCAAAGGUUCGGAGGAAACCGAGCACGAGGAGGGGCCCGUCCGGCCGGAUAAGCCGCCGUAUUCAUACGUGGCUCUGAUUGCGAUGGCAAUCAAAGAGAGCCAGGAGAAGAGAGCGACUCUGAGCGGGAUUUAUGAAUACAUCAUAUCAAAGUUUCCAUACUACGAGAAGAACAAGAAAGGAUGGCAGAACAGCAUUCGGCACAAUUUGUCUCUCAAUGAGUGCUUCGUCAAGGUCCCCAGGGACAGCGGGGGAGACAGGAAGGGCAACUACUGGAUGCUGGACCCGGCUUUUGGGGACAUGUUCGAGAAAGGGAACUACCGGCGCCGGAGGAGGGUGCGGAGACCCUACAGACCCGCCAGCCUGCCGUACCUGGCGGGAAACCACAUGGAGCAUCCAGAGUCCCUCUACCUUCAGCCGUAUGUGAGCGGCGCCUGGGCGGGUGGGUACCCCGCGCCGCAGGUCGUCUCCGGAUCCACCCGCGGGCUGCCCAUCGGCGGUUCCUACUGCGCGCCGCCGUACUUCCAUCCCUCCGUUUACGGGGCCUACCCACACCGCCACCCGCCCGUGCUGGUUCCACACAGCGGGUACCCUUAUGGAGGAGUGACCCAGCCGGUGAGCCCGGACGGAGGCGCAGUGUCUGUGCCGCAGUUCGCUUCCUACUCGCGGCAGGCGGAGUCGCCGCUGGUUUAUUUCUCGGAGCAGUGAGGGCUACCUGCGUGUUUUCCGACCGGCGGCCGCCCGUUCACAGACUCACGAUUCAUUUCAGGUUCUGCAGGCCGACGUUGGUGAAGUUCGUAAAGUUUACUAUUUCAUGGUUAAAAUAUUUUCUUUCUUUUCUUUUUUUUUUUGGCUCUGGACAAUAACAGAUUUGAUUGAAGUUGUUUGAAAUUAAAUCGAUUAAGCUGCCAGAACGACAUGAGAUAAAUACACAGAUAUUUUAUUUCCAGUUGUGUAAGGAAAAUGUUGUCAACCUACAUAUUUUAUUAACUUUUAUUUUUGUAUUUAGAAAACUCUGAAAUAGGCUGUUUAUGUACUGAUGUAUUGUUAUUUACUGAUUUUAUUAUUAUUGUUGUUGUUCUGAUUCUUUGAGCUGCUAUAAUGACACUGAUGCACUGACUCGUUCAUAUUGUUUAAAUUGUUACGACUGCAUAAAUAAAAUAAUUUUGCAUAUUG